CGAACAGACGGCAUUUAUCGCUAAUGAAACAGGCAUCAUAGCAUGCACAUUAUGCCGGUCGUCGUUAUGCAUAAUGCAGGUUUAAUAAUCAGCGCUUGGUACAAUUUUGUCCAUGCUUGAUUUGCCGCUUGUACCGAGACAAUUCAUGCACUUUGGCCCGCCGUUGUGUGUACCAAAUGUACAUGACUGCGUUUUAAGUGCCCCCAUUCUGUAACAGCAAAGCAGCCAGGUUUUGUGCGUAAUGUUCCAGUUUAUCAAAAAUGUCCUGCUUAUCUUUUUUAUGACUUUUUUAUUUCGUGUCGGUUGGCAAACAAUCGUAUUUUGAUCACAAGGCUCCGGUUGUGCAAGAGUGCCUAUUACAAAUUGUCCUAAUACAUGCAACGGAACGAAUGCGUUGAUACGGCAAUAUAUACAGCCAUAAAAAGAUUUAUUAGCCUGGCACUGGGACCUCAUUGCCAGUUGUUGUUGAAGACACCACCGAUACCGACAUCGACAUAACGGACAAUAUUACCGAUUCAUCAGCUGAUUAUUGCCAAGAAGUAUUGCAGCACACGCUGGAUUUAUGUUUAGAAAAUUUGGAUAAAAUACAACUACUCCCUGCUACGAAGGCCAAAUACCCGGGUACAAGUGGUCAUUGCUGUUCGUUUCCGGUUUAAAAUGUCGAUCUUACAAUCCAUGCAACGGUCAAAAUUAUUCGGUCAAGAAAAUUUAAUUGAAGAUAUGCGGUGACGCCGGUGAUGAAUUGAUUUCUCCAACUUUCCGCAUCGAAACCAUGCUGAGUUUUUGGGCAUAUAUAAAAAAGGAUUCCCGUAACAUGUCGACAGAUUGUCAAUGAUUUACACCUGUGAACAAUUUUAACCCCAACUUCUUGAUCUUCCAAGCUGGAUUGACAGAUGCUGGACAGUCGGCUAUAGCCGCGGCAUGGUCGGAAUGCCGUGUAUCUGCAGCAGCUGCUGCUGACAAUUGUCCCGAUUUCUCCAUGGUAGGACAGAUUUCUGAUAUCCUAACGACAGUGGAUAGCGGCAAAAGCGAUUCUGGAUUCUGGAGUCAAUCCUUUGAUAAUUAUCGUUCAUCCAUGGCCACCGUAGAAGAUUCUGUGGAGGAUGUCGAUCUGGACGCCAUCCUUGGCGAGUUGUGUGCACUGGGAGAUGAACUGGAGAACGAGCGACGGCGUACGGUGGAAGCCGUCAACAGCAGCAGCACACACGCCACGGCGAUCAGUGCACUUGCCCCUGCUUCCAUUGCUGCAUCCAGAAAUUCUCUUGUGCAAGAUGUCAGUAAAAUACCUAGUAAAUUCUCACCGAAUUCCAUAAAACCCCCACUACCACAAAAGCCCCAUUUCGAGGAAGCUCUUUCACCUGGUCAUCACUCCACAAUGAACCAGAUGACCAUUCCUAAUGGAAAGUCCAUUUCGCCGGUUGGACUGCAGACCCAUGCAUCUGGUGGUGCGGGUGCGGUGGAAUGUUUCGAUCUAGUGGAGCAUUAUUAUAAACAAGUUGGUGCCAAUGCUGACAGUCCCGAUAAUGAUUCGGCUUUCUCGGAUAAUGUGUCCUGUAUAUCGUCCGAAUCUGGGGCAUCCCGCACUGAUGCAUCGUGUAUGUCAAGUGGAUCAUCCAAAAGCAGCAAUGGCUCGCUUAAUGCACCAUCCCCCACACAGCGGCUCACUUCUGUAGCACGUCUUGCGAGCAUAUCUGAAGUGGGUGAGAAGGAAAAUAUUUCUCCCACGACGAUCGGAUCUGGCGAUGGAUCAGCAUUAGCUAAGGCCGAAAAGACUAAAAUUGCGCUGGAGAAAAUCAAUGACGGAGAUAGUAAAACGUGCUUUGUCACCGUCCAUUUCAAUGAUGAACUGCGCAAAAGCCUGUCGAUUGACGAUAGGAUGGAGUGUUUGGAUGUGUGUCAGAGUUUGGCGGAAAGAAGCGAUACGAAGCUCACUCCUGAUUGCACAAUUGUGGAGUAUCUACCCGAACUGCAUAUUGAACGGUUUUUUGAGGAUCACGAAAAUCUAGUCGAAAAUUAUCUUAUGUGGGACCGCGACAGCAAGAACAAACUGUUAUAUGUGGAAAGGAAGGAUAAAUACCACUUUAUUGUCCGACCGGAAGUCUAUCUAGUCGGUUUCGCUUGCAAAGACACAGAUUACGAUGAACUGUCUCGCCGGGCGUUGUUAAAGGAUUACUUCUCUAGUCACGCGAUCUCGCCUCCAGAAUUAGAGAAUUAUUUAUAUCUGAAAACAGACAAAAAGGCAUGGAAGCGUUAUUGGUUCGUUCUGCGCUCAUCCGGUUUAUAUUACAGUACCAAACCAAAAGCAAAGCAAACAUCCAGCGCCGAUCUAAUUUGCCUGACAGCUUUCGAUGCGGUAAAUUUAUACCGAGGAUUAAGUUGGAAGAAGAAACAUAAGGCGCCCACUGACUACGGCUUCGCACUGAAACUGCCGCAAAUCCAAUCAGCGAAAGCACUGAAAAACAUUCGCUUCAUCUGCACGGAUGACCAGGCCAGUCUGGAGUUGUGGAUGACGGGCAUCAGGAUUGCCAAACAUGGUCGGCAUCUUAUUGAGAAUUUCAACAAGGCCCUUGAGAGGGCAGCUGCCAUGGAAGCAGCACAGGAAUCCAAUAAUUCCUCCGCUCAACAGACGCCUGUCCUUAAUCGCCGCCAUCCCAACGAUCCCAUCCACCCGCAGUCCAAUUACGGCGCCUUCGAUGAUGAGCCCCCCACCGGCACCAUUAAACGCAAGCCCCCUCACACCAAUCCGCCUUCCAGCACGCCAAAACUGCCCUUCACCCCCAAAACAUCGCAGCUCCUUAUGCGCAAUGCCGACGAACGGCGGUCAUUUUCCUCGCAGUCCUCGCGGACGUCAGUCACAUCACAUUCGGACCUAUCCGAGCCGGACAUCCUUCCCCCGCCGCCGCCAGAGCUCCUGUCUCCAACGAUGGAAUCGCUGCCUCUGUCGCCGACCUUAUUGCGAUCUCCACCCCCGACCCCACCAAAACCGGCUGCGUUGCAGCGGAAACCCAGUCUGGAUGGCAAGAAGCCGGCUCUGGAAUCGCGACACAGUAUCGGUCCCAGUGCGGCCAGUGCCAACCAACCGGUGUCCAAUAAUCUGCCAUUCCUUCACGAAUUGAAAACCAAAUCCCAGUCUCCUCUUGUGACCAAAAAAGUUUUGGCCGUUGUGCCGGAAGUGCAUGAUAUAUUAAGCCAACCGUCAUCGCCGGCACGGAUGCCGGUCGCGUCGCCGUCGCCGGUAAUGCCCAGUAGUCCAGCGCGGAUAGUCAAUGGACAUGCGCCGCGGCCGCAGUCCAUGAGUCCCAGUCAUAAAGCCAAACUCCCCCCGCCACCGCCGCGGCGAAGUGACAUGACGAAAUUGAACAUGACGGACGCAGAACGGAAAGAGAUGGGUUAUUCUUUUGAACGCAGCGUUUCGUUAGGAAACGAAGCGCUACCGGUCCAGCGUUUAGCCUCACCCAAUCCGGCAUUUAUGGCGGAUUUAGUGCGAAUGCUAGCCCAGAAGAAACGGCAUUCGCUGCUGCUCAAUGAGUCGCAGCUUCCCGAGGGUAGCGAUUAUUUACCGCCUCCGCCGCCGGAAUUAUUGCGAGGCAUCUCAUCACCGGUUCCCAGCUGCAGCAGUGAUGAGAGCGCGAGGAGGAGACCCCCGCCGCCUCCCAAACGCAGUGAUGGCACAUACUUAACGCGCGGGAAAUAACCGGCGACACACAGGGUUUUGUGACAGAUCAACCCAGCGCGCAGAGCGGGAUAUGCGUGUACGCGUGAAAAGUGGGGCAGAGUAAUUUUUCUGGACAAUUGCUGUCUCUGGCGUCAUGAUUGAUGACGGUAUGACGUGCCAGACGCGCUUGACAAUCGGAUGACGGUGACGGCUAGUGGGAUGCUGAGCAUGUUGUAGUCGGGCGAUAAAAUCCUCGGAAUCACUCCUGUGGGCUUCCUAAAGUAGAUGAUCAAAAAUUGGCCAACUCUUUUGAUAUAAAUUUAUUAUCCUUUUGAAUGUUGUGUAUGCGUGAUUUUUUGUGUUGUACGAUACGAAAAAAGUAAUUACGAUUAUUGUUUGUGGCAUUUGCAAGUAUUUUCUGUUUGUUAAUAUUUUUAUAAUAUUGAAGCUCUGAUUCUGCCGAUUUGGUUAUUUGGUUUUGUAUGAAAUCAAUGAUGCAGUAAAGAUAUUGUACAU